AUGAAAAAAAAAACUACAUUUACAACUCCCGUUCACUUUAGUGCUGAGUUUUACAGGCAGAGGACGGCGCCCAAGGCCGCGCGCGGUUGUCGGCGCGCGGGCUCGCUCGCCGCCGCACGCCACAUGCUGCCCACGCCCGCACCACUCGCGCCACUGGAUCCGAACAAAACGCGCGCGCUCACCACCAUAUACGCGCCGCGCAAAUUCAAACCGCGGAAGAAUAAGACGGCCCAGAGCAGAAUGCUCGACGACGUCCCGGUGAAGCCGACGUUGUCCCCUUUCCAUCCUCUCCCCGCGAUCGGACAGAAAACGGAGAAAGCCAACACGAAAGUGAUCCUUUUCGACUUCAACAAAAACGAGAGAACAGGACUCGGUAGUGAACCGCUGAAGAUUCACGACGUGCUUAAACCUCUAACGCCGUUGAGGAUACACGGCUUCAUGAGAAACAAUUCGUUGGAUCAAAUAGACAAAAAGAAGCCUCAACAACUUUUGAGAGAAAACACUUACGACGUUAUAGAACCGAUUUAUUUGAAUUCAGUGAAAGUGAGGAAGAGAGAUUCGUCGGUUCCGAGGAAAAUUUUCACUCCCGACCAUACAGAAAAUAAGAAAGAGGAGGAACGGCCAAAAAUAUCUCCGAAAACUAGAUUCAGAAAGGCGGCGUUACAAGUAGCGAAACUUUCAUCGAUGCCGGAGACAGGAAAGUUGUUGUGUUUGAGAGAGAGACAGACAUUCAAUAUUUGCCCCGAGCAGGAUGAAGAUUCCGCGUGUAGGUUACAAGAGUUACCUCACAGUCCAACUCAGAAAUUGGAUAAGCUGUCCGAAAUUUUCCAAACGUUGGAAAUGAGAGGAAGGCAUCGAGACAAAAUGAAAAAGGAGAACAGUUGGUUCUAAUAUUAGAAAUGUUUAAUUUGUAUAAGAGUUGUUCUAUGUGAAGAGUUUUAUACGUAAAUUAAUAAAGAAGCAAUUUAAGUCUUAACGUGUUAAGAACAUUAUUUUUGUUAAAUGUUAAAGUUUACGUAUACGAAGAUAUUAUUCAUAUUGCUCAAGUUUUCGGUGUUGUGAACUUGUGAAACUUACACAAAAUGUUUUAAUAAAGAGUGUGAUUUUUUCAU